AUGAAGAUUUUUUUUAAUUUUUCCCAACUUCCUGGCUCUCGACACAUAACAAUAGAAUCACUUUCUCAUAAUGGUGUUCCUGUCCAUCCAUUACAAUUUCAACGGCUUUUACGUUCGCAUUCAGUUGAUUCAAAUUCAAUUGUUGUUCUUUAUGACAGACAUCUUCUUGGAUUGUUUUCAACAUAUGCUUUGUGGAUUUUUAGACUUUACGGUCACAACACAACAUUUUUCUUAAAUGGAGGUGCAAGUGCUUGGCAUUCCUUUUUAACAAAUAAAAAUAAUACAAAUAAUUUAUUAAAUAAUUCCAAAAUUGAAGAAAAAUUAUUAAUGUCAAAUGGAGGGGAUUUUAAAGCUGGUUGGAUACAAGAUUUGGUUGUUACUUUUGAUGAUUUGUUGGCAUCUUUCGAACCAACAGAUGAGGGGGAUGUUUCUGCUAAAGUUGAUAUUGUUGAUGCCCAAAAACCUGAAGAAUUCGAUGGUCACAUCGUUGGAGGAAGUAAAUCUUCCUUUUCUUCAUCCUCCUCCUCUUCUUCCAUUUCUACCUCUCCAAUAGCUAUUUAUGGACACAUUAGAACAGCUAUGAAUAUCCCCGUUGAACGAUUAUUUUUAUCAACACCAAUCAGAAAUCAACGCCGUUGGGCUUCUUCAAAUGCCCAUUCCCGCUUAUUUGCCCGUCUCGGAUUAACAACUAAAAGACCUGUAGUUGUCUAUGAUGAACUUUCUUCACUUCGAGCUGCUUCGGUUUGGGCAGCUUUGCAAAGAACAAAUUUCACUGCCUCCUUGUAUUUUGGGGCGUGGCCUGAAUGGUUAAUUAGAGCGCCCGAUCAUUUAAAAAGUAUUCCUGAGUAG